AUGCAGCAUGCCUGUGAGAUGGUCCAGGCAUUGCUGAAGACGCAGCAGGCUAUUGCGCGCACACCCUAUAACGAGUUGUGUGUGCAGAUCUUGAACGUUUUGCAAAAGCAGGGGCUCAUUCGCGGUUUCACUGCAGAGGGCAAUCGAUUGAACAUCCUGCUGAAGCACUACCAGGGCGGCCCGGUGAUACGAAACGUUCGCGUGGUGAGUAAACCUAGUCGAGAUAUUUGGGUGCAUCCGCACGAGUUGAAAUCCCACACGAGUUUCAACACCGGGCUCUGGCUGAUACAAACGCCCUACGGAAUCUUGUCCCACAGAGAUUGCCUCGAGAUGGGGAUUGGUGGAAAGGUGAUAUUUGCCUUCAAUAAUGGCUUUCAGCACUGGUGUUAG